AAAGUAACGUGGCCGCUUGCUCACCACUAGCCGUUCGUGCCGAAAAAAAAGGCACAGUAGAUUACGUUGAUAGUCAAAAAAUUAUUAUUAAAGAGAGUGCUCGGGUGAAAAAAACUUACCAGUUGUCGCAAUUAGUAGCCUCUAAUAAAAAUACGCUUAAUUUUUCCACGCCGUUGGUUAAAAAAGGUGACUUGGUCGAAAAAGAACAAAUAAUUGCUAAUGCUAGUUAUAUUCGGAAUGGUGAAUUAGCGUUGGGACAGAACUUACGAGUAGCUUAUUGUUGCUGGGAAGGUUAUAAUUUUGAAGACGCUAUUGUAAUUAGUGACCGCCUAGUCAAAGAGGACAUUUUGACUUCUUUUUUUGUGAAAAAGUAUACUAUUAUUCGCUACCACACUAAGCAUGGAGAAGAGGUUUUUACUAACCUGCUUCCGCAUCUUGAUCCUAAAGACCCCAAAAAAGAGGACCAGGAAAGACAGGUUCACGAACAAAUUACUCAUUUAGACCAAGACGGCAUUGUUAAAGUUGGUAGUCGAGUAAAAGCCCACGAUAUCCUGGUUGGCAAGAGAACUCCCCAACCUCGACCCCAAGAAGAAAGCGAAGAAGAAGCCUUGCUUUUGAGUAUUUUAGGUGAAGCCUCCCGGAAGUUCGUCGACUCUUCACUUUACUUGCCCACGGGAGAAAAAGGAGAAGUUUACGAAGUACGUCGCAAAAAAUUAACCAAAAAUCGUCGCGAAUUAGAAGUAGUCGAGGUUUACGUCGCUCAAGAAAGAAAAAUUGAAGCCGGGGACAAACAAGUUGACCGUUAUGGUUAUAAAGGAGUAAUUGCCAAAAUUGUUCCUGCGGCUGACUUGCCUUAUGACGAAGAAGGCAAAACUUUUGAUAUUCUCAUUAAUCCGUUAGGCAUACCGAGUCGGCUGAAUAUCGGGAAAUUACUAGAAACCAUUUUAGCCGAGGCCGCUUACCGCUUAAAUAGUAAAUUUCUAGUUCGGCCCUUUAAUACUCUCUCACCCCAAAUAAUAAAACAAAUUAUGCAGGAAGCCGGAAUUUCGCCCAAUGGGACACGACAAUUAUUUAAUGGUCGCACAGGUUUGCCUUUCGCUCAUCCGGUUUAUACGGGAUAUACUUAUAUUGUUAAAUUAAAUCAUAUGGUCGCUGACAAA